AGCAGCGAUACCCGUAGGUUUGCCAUAUGCUCGGAGAGUCAGGCUCUACACUUCUCAGACAUACAGUAUGGACAAGCUUGAAGGUUACUACUUCUCUGCCCUGUUCAGUGGCUGCUUUCUGCUCUCUAGUAUACUUUUCUCCAAAAUCACAAGGCAACAGAGGGAUCCUUAUAUGGAUGAGAGCUUUCACAUCCCCCAAGCACAGCUUUAUUGCCAAGGCCACUUUAACCAGUGGGAUCCAAUGAUCACAACCCUUCCUGGCUUAUAUCUAGCUUCUGUUGGCAUGGUCAAACCAGCUGCUUGGCUGUUUGGAUGGAGCGAUAGUGUAGCUUGCUCCUCUGGGAUGCUGCGGUUUAUUAACCUUCUUUUCAGCUUAGGCAAUUUAUACAUGAUCUAUUUAAUUCUUUCCAAGAUAAACUGCAAAAACAAGGUUUCAAGCUUCAAAAAAAUUUUAUCCACUCUGACUUUAUAUGCAUUUCCAACUCUCUAUUUUUUCACUUUUCUUUACUACACAGACACUGGAUCUACUUUUUUUGUUCUCUUUGCAUACUUAAUGUGCCUGUAUGGGAACCAUAAAAGCGCAAGUCUUCUUGGUCUGUGUGCUUUCUUUUUCCGUCAGACAAACAUCAUAUGGAUUAUUUUCUGUGCUGGAAAUGUCAUUUCAGAAAAACUAACAGAAGCAUGGAAAACUCACCUCAAGAAACGAGAUGAAAAUCCUUCAGCCAAGGGAUCAGUUUCAGAAGCAGUGAAAGCUUUAGUGUUUCUUUUUCAGUACUGCUUGUCUGUGAGGAAUAUAAUUAUGCUUGUUCAAUUAACGUGGCCAUAUAUCACUUUGGUUCUUGGGUUUUUUGUUUUUCUGUCAUUUAAUGGUGGAAUAGUUGUUGGAGAUAAAACAAGUCAUGAGGCCUGCUUGAACUUCCCACAACUUUUCUAUUUCCUUGGUUUUACACUGAUUUUUUCAUUUUCUCAUCUAUUUUCCCCCCAAAAGCUAAAGGAAUUCAUUAAAUCUGUUUGGAAGCAACCUCUUAUUUAUAUGGCAUUAGCGGGCAUCUCAGUUAUUUUAAUUUGGAAAUUCACCUAUGUCCAUAAAUAUUUGCUAGCAGAUAAUCGUCACUACACGUUUUAUGUAUGGAGAAAAAUCUUCCAGCGACAUGAACUAGUAAAACACUUGUUAGUUCCAGGCUAUCUCUUUGCUGCAUGGAGUUUUGCAGACAGUCUGAAGGGCAAGUCCAUUUUCUGGUUGCUAAUGUUUUACUCCUGUUUGCUGGCUGCCAUGGUCCCUCAGAAAUUGCUAGAAUUUCGUUAUUUUAUUGUGCCAUACAUCAUCUUUAGACUAAACAUACCCAUCCCUUCAGUACCUAAGAUUCUCUUAGAGCUAGCACUAUACGUGACCAUAAACAUAUUCUCUUUUUACUUAUUUUUACAUAAAACUUUCCAAUGGCCGGAUAAUGAACAAGUUCAGAGAUUUAUGUGGUAAAACAAUGAACUAUUCCUACAACACAGUUGUAUUGAAAGUUAUGAAAUGCUGGCAAUAGAAGCCUCCAGCUGUGUAUAUACAUAAUGCAGUUGUUAAGUAGGUAAUACAUACUGCUGUUAACUUACCUUUUCUAUUCAUGUUCAUUUAGAGCAAAUUUAAACCUUUAAAAUAAAUUCAUGUAAAAGCACUUUUGCAACUCACAGAAUUUUUAUUUUGUGUUUGAGUAUUCCAAGAUAUGAAGAAAAAUGCAUAAAUCUAAUCUAAUGAAUUUUGUAACAACAACCCCAGUCUGUGAUACUUUCAGGGUGAAAAAAGAGGACUGUUCUUGUGUUGCUGUCUUUAGAACAGACAUCAGAAAAAUCUAAGAUUUUUAUGUCCAGUAGCGGGUCCACAUUGGGUCUAUUUAGGAGUUUGCCUGGCCAAGAGGGGGCAUGACUUAGGUGUGACUGGGGCAGGGACAGAGCUGGGGCAUGUCUGGGGUAGAAGUGCCAAAGGCCCCACCAGAGAUUAAUCUGACCAUGAAGGUAAUAUCAGAAUAGUUGUUUUUUUUUUUUUUUUUGGCCCAUUCACAAAAAAUGGGCGAGCAGGUCGAAGUAUAUCAGGAUAUAUUUUUCUUCAUGUCUUGGAAUCUUAAAUUAAUGUACACUUUUACAUUUUUAACAUUUAUUUUACAUUCAUUUAAGUUUACAUUUAUUUCUUUUAAAGGCUCACUUUAUUUUAAACCUAUGGGGUAUAGGUUAUAUUCUAUAUUUUAUAUAGAAAGCCUGCAUUAUGUAUUUAUAUAAAUGGGAGCUGCUAUCAUCUCCAUAGAAAGUACAGAUAUGGGACCCAUUAUCCAGAAUGCUCAGGACCUGGGGUUUUCUGCAGAGAUCUUUACAUAAUUUGGAUCUCUAUACCUUAAGUCUAUUAAAAGAUUAUUUAAACAUUAAAUGAACCCAAAAGGAUUGUUUUGCUUCCAAUAAGGAUUAAUUGUAUCUUAGCUGGGAUAAAGUACAAGGUACUGUUUUAUUAUUACAGAGAAAAAGGAAAUCAUUUUUAGAAAUUAGAAUUAUUUGCUUAUAAUGGAGUCUAUGAGAGAGACGGUCUUCCUGUAAUUCGGAACUUUUUGGAUACCGGGUUACGUAUAACGUAUCCCAUACCUGUACAACUCAUGAUUUGCUGCUUUGUUUUUUUUCAGCAGCUCAGGAGAAACAGCAGAACUUUGCAUUUUAGAGGGAAGGAAGCACAGCACAAUCACUACCUUAUGGGCAUGGUUCCUUGCUUCCCUGUUAUGGUACCAUGUUGCCAGUAACCAGCUUUGCUAUUAGGGCCCUGCCCAAGACCUUUGCUAGGUUCUUCUGGUAUUGCUUGGUAAUUACAAGUGAUGACUAUGCCUUGUGCUCAUUUCAGCUGUGGCAUGAAUAAUAGAAGAUGCCGCCGAUGCCCUGAAAAUACUGUGUUGAUGAACAAGUUAGAUGGUAUACUGUUUUUCUUUAAAGGACAUGUAAACUCUUUCACUGGGGGGGCUGCCUAACAUUUUGGCAAAAAACUUUUCCCUCUACCCAACAAGAAGAGCCCUAUACAAGUUCUUCUCAAAUCCAUGACUUGUCAUUAUGUCCCUUUUAAGGAGUUGUUUCUUUAAGUAUAAUGUAGGUAUUGAUAUUCUGUGACAAUUUGCAAUUGGUCUUCAUUUUUUUGCAUUUUUUCAUGAUAUCCAGCAACCAGGCAGUGGUUUGAAUGAUAGACUGGAAUAUGAAUUGAUGUGGUACUGAGUAGAAUGUUAAGUAACAAAAAAAAAGUAAGAAUAACAAUAAAAUUGUAUCCUCACUGAGCAAUAGUUUGACUGCUGGGGUGAGUGACCCCUAUUUGAAAGCUGAAAAGAGUCAAAA